AUGGGUGCUGCAUUCUCGAGCACGACAAGGCAGUGCGGCGUCUGCUACUUCGAGCUCCCUAAGGGAUCCAAGCCGGUGAAGCGACACGUCCGGCGCCGCUUUCUGUGGAGAUUAGACCGAGUACCCGCGGCCACCGAGGCCCAUGAGCCGUUUGACGCGCCGCUCAAGCACACCACCCUCAAGAAAUCCCAGUACGCCACAGUGGUCCUCGUGACCGAUUGGGAGGGCCUGCAAGAGUCGGUCUCGCGCGGCUGUCGAGGCUGUCAAGCCAUCACUGAGCUCCUAUCCGCGGCUGCCGCCGAUGACGAUGUCGUUCUGGACGAGAAGUCCAAAAUAGUCUUUGAGUGGAUUGGCGGGUGGAAGGGAGGGCUCUCUAGACUGUCGCAGAAUGGCAGUUUUAAUCGAAGGGGACUGCUGGAACUGCGCAUGAAAGUCCGGAGUGCCAGCCCACGCGAGACGCCGUACGACGCUUUGAUCCCGUUGGGAUCCUCAGAUUUCAAGGUCGAAGAUGACGAUUCUGGGACUGAAGACCCUCUGUCAAGUAUUUGGACUUUCCGAUUUGACGUUGACCGCCUGGAUGAUGAAAAGGAUAGGAGACGCUCUCAUCCUUUCGCGUACGAAGCUUAUGUGGCCUUUGGUGAUACCGGAUCGGAACGCUCCUUGCAACAGGUGAAUGACUGGGUUAAAGAGUGCAUAAGCACACACGAGCUGUGCGGCGAAGAGCAGACAAGGCUUCCAGACAGAGUCCUCGAGAUCACUACCGUAGCCGAUGGCAAACCUCCGCGAGUGCGUCUUGUGGAGAAUGUAGGCAUUGAAGCCCCAUAUGUCUGCCUUAGCCAUCGUUGGGGUCCAUCAACGCCAUCAUGUCGAACAUUGAAGAGCAACCUGGUCGAACAGAAGAAGAACAUCGAAUGGAGCAAGCUGCUGAAGACCUUCCAGGACGCAGCCCUAGUCACAGCGCGCUUGGGCUUGAAGUAUGUGUGGGUAGACUCCCUCUGCAUAAUUCAAGAUAGUGUGGAAGACUGGAAAGCCCAGGCAGCCCAAAUGUGCGACAUCUACCGCGGAGCCUACGUCACAGUGGCCGCCUCAUGUUCCGACGACAGCACUCAGGGGCUGUUCCGAAAGAGUUCAUGUUGUCGCACGGUGAAGCCACAGCACCAGGGCCCUUCGUACGUGGUGCGGCGGAUCCCCGAGCAUCCGACCUGGGACUGGGUCGGCAUCCAGCAGAUGAAACCCGAGCUUCCCCUCCUGACGCGAAGCUGGGUCUAUCAGGAGCGUCUGCUAUCGUCUCGCAUCGCCCACUUCACCCGUUAUGAGAUCAUGUUCGAGUGCUCGCGGCCAGGCGAAGGCCCGAGCUAUUGCGAGUGCCACAACGCUACCGGCGGCGCAUGGGGGGGCGCCGCGGGCGGCUAUGGCGCAUCGGACGACGACAUGACCAAGCUGAGGAAGCUGCACCACGCCGAAGCGCUGCGGGCAUCGGCGGCGGCCGCCGCCGCAUCAUCCUCGGGCGACAGCGGUGGUAGCGACAAUAUCGAUGUGGUUCGGAAGUAUUGGCAGAAGGUCUUGCACGAAUACUCCGGGUACCACAUCACGUCGACUUCAGACAAGCUGCCGGCACUGGCGGGCAUCGCGCGGCAGUAUGGCACCGCGCACCCGGAGCUGGGAGACUACGUCGCCGGCAUGUGGGAGCGCACGCUGGUCCACGACCUGAUGUGGUUCUGCCCGAAGGGCGACCCCAACGUGCGCGCCAUGCAUCUAUGGCGCCCGCCGCACAUCCCCCAACCGGAGAGCGGGUCGUUCCCAACGUGGUCGUGGAUCGCGGCUGGACAGCAUGUCACCACCAAAUCGGCUUGUCCCCGCGUGCGCCCGGAGGACCUGCGAGUGGUGACUUACGAUUUUGAACUCUCGGGACCAGAUGAGUACGGCGCCAUUCGUAACGCGUCGCUGGAACUCGAGGGCUUCAUGGCUGCUGGGAGGCUGGUGCUUUUUGACAUAUCCGAGCUGGGCACGGGGCUUGUUGGCGAGUGGCCCGGCUUUCAGGGCCCUCGAGGAGGCCCGUAUGAUAUCUACGCGGACUAUGCCUUCUUUAAGUCCAGUCCUGAUGAGCCCAAUCCUGACAUGUUGGAAAUUGGCAUGGAGAUAUUCUGCAUGAGAACGGGCUUCGCGUGGGGGGGUAAAUACCUUUCGCUCGUGUUGCGCCGUGUCAGUGAAGAAGACGGCACCGGUAUUUUCGAGCGUAUCGGAAUGAUCACCAAUGCACCGCGCGACUGGAUGGAUGCAAUCUUUGCAGAAACGACGUCCAAGACGAAAAUCAAGAUUAUAUAA